AUGGCACCCUUAAAGCACUCCCCCACCGCUGAGACCAUCUCCACAAAGCCGAAGAAAGAGAAGAAGGAGAAGAAAGAGAAGAAAGAAAAGUCCAGCAAGAAGAGAAAAGCAGAAUCAUUGAAAGAGCCCUCAGAGCCAAACACGAAUACCUCCCCAGAACCUACCAUCACCACCCCAGUUGAAGCAGAAGCCCUCAUUUCAAGCACACCUAUGGAAACCACGGAUCCAGAAACGGAGGAGAUAGCCAAAAGUCCCCCAGCCAAGAAACGAAAGGCUGCCGUUGAAGAGAUUGAAGUCGACAUCACAGCCCCUGAGCCCCCUUCCAAGAAGGCUCUUCGUCUCCUCAAAAAAGGGAAAGCUCUUCCGCCCUCAAAGUCUGGCGCUGAAUCCACACCAGAGCCAGAGUCAAAGAAAGCCAAACUAGAGAAGGAGAAGAAGUCGGAACAUGGCAUAUGGAUCGGCAACCUGCCCUUUUAUAUUUCUAAGACUGAUUUGCGGGAGUUCUUCGUAAACAAGUUGGAGGAUUUCACAGAGGAGAUGAUCACCAGAGUCCAUAUGCCUGGGCCAAAUGAUGGAAAGCCAGCAAAUAAGGUUGAGCAGAAGAGGGAUGGCAAGACCGUGCACAACAAGGGCUUUGCUUACGUUGAUUUUGAGUCACCUGAAGCCGUCAAUGACGCUGUAGGUCUGUCGGAGCAGUUAUUAGGAGGCCGCCGGGUUUUGAUCAAGGACAACAAGUCGUUUGAGGGAAGACCCCAGAAGACGAAGGAGGAGAGCAGAAGGGAGGGCAAGCCACCGAGCAAGAAGAUUUUCCUUGGCAAUCUACCUUUUGAUGCAACUGAGGAAAGCGUCAGGGAGCAUUUUGAGAAGUGUGGUGCCAUUUCUAGUAUUAAGAUGGCGACAUUCGAAGACAGCGGGAAGUGCAAGGGAUAUGCUUGGAUCGUAUUCGAAGAGUUAGAUGCAGCAACGAGCGCUGUUCGUGGUUUUCUGCUUGUUGAAGAACCGGAAUCAGAUGCGUCGGAGUCUGAGGAAGACACGGAUGCCAGUGAGGGAUCUGAGUCAGAGAAUGCUGUUAGCAAGUCAAAGAUAAAGAAGACGAAGAAGAGGAAGGUCUGGGUCAACAGGAUUAGGGGCCGACCCCUGAGGAUGGAAUUCGCAGAAGACGACCAAACUCGAUACAGUAAACGAUACAAAAAGGAGGGCACCAAGAAGGGUGCCAAUGAGACCUCAGAGCAGCCAACAGAAGCAUUCAAGGAGAAUGUAAUUGUCCCUAAGGCGGUCGAGUAUCGGAAACCUUAUGCACCUCGACUUACUGGCGGCAUUGUGGAGAGCAAGGGAAAGAAGGUUACCUUUUAG